GUGUCUCAGGAAACAGUUCAGACGUGGAGCCUGAACUGGUUGAGAAGGAGGAGGAGGAGGAGGAAGGGGAUGUGGGAACAGAAGAGAGUCUCCUGCCACAACGAACCAAAGGCUCUGGGGGGGUCCCUCCUGGAGCAAGGAGGGUGUGGAGCCUGGGGGAGUGUCAGAGAUGCAGCACCCUUCCAUGCUGCUGCUGUUGCUGCUGCUUAGCUCCCUGCCACUGACCAGAGGGCUGUCAUGUGAGAACCUCCCAGAGCCCUGUGCUAAUGGGGGCACCUGCCUGAGCUUGGCCCAGAGUCAAGAAAUCUGUCAGUGUGCCCCAGGCUUCUUGGGUGACAGGUGCCAGUUUCCAGAUCCCUGCCAGAGUGCCAAGCCAUGCCAGAAUGGAGGCAGUUGCGAAACCCUGUUCCUCGAUUCCCAGGGCACUUCCUCCUCCCAAGUUCCCAGUUUUUUCUGCUCCUGUCCUCCUGGCUUUGGAGGAUCACGGUGCCAACUCAAAGAUCCCUGCUUGUCCUAUCCCUGUUACCAUAAUGGCCGCUGCCAUGUCUUACCCUCUGGCCAGCCUCGAUGUCACUGUCUGUCUGGAUGGACUGGUGAGCACUGCCAGCAACAAGACUUCUGUAAAGCAAACCCCUGUGCCAAUGGGGGAAUCUGUCUGGCUACAUAUCCCCAGAUUCUGUGUGACUGUCCCCAAGGCUUUGAGGGCAAUAGUUGUCAACAUGAUGUCAAUGAGUGUUUCAAGGAUUCAGAGCUCUGCCCCCCAGGUGCCACUUGUCAUAAUACACUGGGCUCCUACAAGUGCCUCUGUCCCCCAGGACAGGAUGGACCCCAGUGUGAAUUCCACAUGGGACCCUGCCCUGCAAGGGGCUGCCAAAAUGGGGGUACCUGCCAACUAGCUCCUGGGUCCACUACUUUCCACCUCUGCCUCUGCCUCCCAGGUUUCACAGGCCAGGAGUGUGAAGUGAAUCUAGAUGAUUGCAGUGGACACAGAUGUCAGAAUGGGGGAACCUGCCAAGAUGGAUUCAACACCUAUACUUGUCUCUGCCCUGAGACCUGGGCAGGUUGGGACUGUUCAGAGGAUGUGGAUGAAUGUGUAACCACUAGUUCCCCACAAUGUCAGAAUGGAGGCACUUGUCAGAACACACCUGGCAGCUUCCAUUGUGUGUGUGUGAGUGGCUGGGGAGGUCCAAACUGUGAAGAGAACCUGGAUGAUUGUGCUUCUGCCACCUGUGCCCAAGGGUCUACAUGCAUUGAUAGAGUGGGCUCCUUCAGGUGCCUCUGCCCCCCAGGUCUCACAGGUCUUCUAUGCCAGCUACAAGAUAUGUGUCUGAGUCAGCCAUGCCACCCCGAAGCCCAAUGCAGUACCAACCCUAUAUCAGGAGCCAUACUUUGUCUAUGCCAACCUGGCUACUCUGGGCCCACCUGUCAUCAGGAUCUAGAUGAAUGUCAGAUGGUCCACCAGAGCUUUAGUCCCUGUGAGCACGGAGGCUCCUGCCUCAACACUCCAGGCUCCUUCAACUGCCUCUGCACCCCAGGCUACACAGGCUCCAGAUGUGAGACUGACCACAAUGAGUGCCUAUCUCAGCCCUGUCACCCAGGCAGCACCUGUCUGGACCUGCUGGCAACUUUCCGCUGCUUCUGCCCUCCAGGUUUUGAGGGACAGCUGUGUGAAGUGGAGAUAGAUGAGUGUGCAUCAGAACCCUGCCAGCACCAGGGCAUCUGCCAUGAUCAGCUGAGUGGCUUCCUGUGUGUCUGCCUUCCUGGUUUCACUGGCCUUCAUUGUGAAGAGGAUGUAGAUGAGUGUGCCAGCUCCCCUUGUGCUCAUGGUGGGAAGUGCCAAGACCAGCCUGGGGCCUUUCACUGCCAAUGUCCUUCAGGAUAUGAAGGUCUUCAAUGCCAGAUAGAAGUAGAUGAAUGUCUUAGUGAUCCCUGCCCCCCAGGAUCUACCUGUCUUGAUCUCCCUGGCUCCUUCUCCUGCCUUUGUCCUCCAAAUGUUACAGGACAACUCUGUGAGUUCUCCUUAUGCCCACACUCCCUGUGUCCUCCAAAGUGGGAGUGUCAAACAGAAAGCCAGUGCCUCUGCCCUGAUGGAAACCCUAGCUGUCACCCUGCCAAAGACAAUUGCACCUGCAAAAAUGGACAAUGCCAAGGAUCUUCAUGUGUGUGUGAUGUGGGCUGGACAGGGCAAAGCUGUGAGGAGGAGCUGGGAGGCUGUGUUUCAGAGCCUUGUGCCCAUGGAGGUACAUGCUAUCCCCAGUCCCAUGGCUACAACUGCACCUGCCCUACUGGAUACACAGGACUUACCUGCAGUGAGGAGGUGACCAAAUGUGACUCCAGGCCAUGUCUUAAUGGUGGCUCCUGCAACCCUACCAGUGAAGGUUACUCCUGCACCUGUCUUCCUAGCUACACUGGGUCCCAUUGUCAGACCCACAAGGACCACUGCACAUCUGUCUCAUGUCUUAAUGGGGGCACCUGUGUAGACAGAACCAGUACCUUUAUCUGCUUUUGCCCCAUGGGAUUCAAAGGAACAUACUGUGAAGAUAAAACUCCCCCAAACUGUGCAGACAAACCGUGCAGGAAUGGAGGAACAUGCCAAGAUGGCUUGGAGGGGCUUCAUUGCAUCUGCCCCCAUGGUUACACAGGAGAGAGAUGCCAGAAUCCCCUGGACCUCUGUGCUCCAAAUCCCUGUCAACACAAUGCCUAUUGCCUCCAGUCUGGCUCCACCUUUCAAUGUCUUUGCUCUAGGGGUUGGACAGGGUCUCUCUGUGAACUGCCUCUCUCUCCCUGCCAAGUGGCUGCCUUUAACCAAGGCAAAGAGGUCUCCUCCUUGUGUCAGAAUGGAGGGCUCUGCAUGGACAAUGGUAUGUCCCAUUUCUGUCAGUGCCCACCUGGGUUCCAAGGCAGCUUAUGCCAGGACAAAGUGAAUGUGUGUGAGUUGGGGCCCUGCCAGCAUGGGGCUACAUGUAUGACCCAUCUCAAUGGGUACUUCUGCCAGUGUGCCCCUGGCUAUCACGGACAAAACUGCUCAGAAGUGGAUGCUUGUCAGUCCCAACCCUGCCAUAAUCACGGCACCUGUUCCUCAGUCCCUGGUGGUUUCCACUGUUCCUGCCCACCUGGCUUUGUGGGGCUACGCUGUGAGGGUGAUGUGGAUGAAUGCCUAGAUCGGCCUUGCUACCCUGUAGGCACUGUGGCCUGCCAUCCCCUGGCCAAUGCUUUCUUCUGCCAGUGUUACCCAGGAUACACAGGUAAACGGUGUGAGGAAAAGUUAGAUGCCUGCAAGAGUCAGCCCUGCUCCCAUGGUGGGACCUGUGAAGUAGAAGUUGGAAGUCAACUUGGUUUCACUUGCCACUGCCCUUUGGGCUUUGAGGGUCCCACCUGUCUCCAUGGGGCCCCUUCCUGUGGCUCCCACCACUGCCAUCAUGGGGGCCUCUGUCUGUCAUCUUCCCAGUCAGGGUCUAUCCCUCACUGUGCCUGCCUUGAAGGCUAUGGGGGCCCUGACUGCCUAAUUCCUCCAAUCCCACAAGGUUGUGGAUCUCCUUCCCCUUGCCUACACAAUGGCAGCUGCACAGAAUCCCAUGGGGUGAGGGGCCCUGGUGGCUCUGGUUUCCAUUGUUCCUGCCCCCCUGGUUUCCUGGGGCCCCGGUGCCAAACAUCUGAGGCAGAAGGAUGUAAAGGUCGAGGUGGAGAUGGGACCUGUGAUCCCAACUGCAGUAGUCCUGAUGGAGGCUGGGAUGGGGGAGAUUGCUCGCUGGGGAUCCCAGAUCCCUGGAAGGGCUGCCCUCUUCAUGCUCGAUGCUGGCUCCUCUUCAGAGAUGGGCAGUGUCACCCACAGUGCAACACUGAGGAGUGUCUGUUUGAUGGCUACGACUGUGAGACCCCCCAAACCUGCACUCCAGCCUAUGACCAGUAUUGCCGGGAUCACUUCCACAAUGGACACUGUGAGAAAGGCUGUGAUACUGCAGAAUGUGGCUGGGAUGGGGGGGACUGCAGGACAGCAGUCUCCAACCCUGAAGCAGGUCCUUCCCUGGCCCUGCUAGUAGUUCUGAACCCUCCCAUCCUAGACCAGCAGCUCUUCACCCUGGCCCGAGUCCUCUCUGUGGUGCUGAGGGUGGGUCUAUGGGUAAGGAAGGACCAGGAAGACAGAGAGAUGGUAUACCCCUACCCUGGGGCCCAAGCUGAAGAAGAGCUCUGGAGAAAUAAGAACAACCCCCAACAAGAGAGAACAGCGCCUCCCACCUACCUCUCAGGCAAAGAAAGUGACAGCCUCCCUGCAGGAUUUGUGGUGGUGCUGGGUGUAGAUUCAUCCCGCUGUGGCUCUACCCCUCCUGCCCAGCAAUGUCCCUGGGACCCAGGCUUCAUGCUCCGCUUCCUAGCAGCAAUGGCUGCCGUUGGGGCCCUGGAGACUCUCCUGCCUGGACCUCUGCUAGUUGCCCAUCCCCAGGAAAGCUCAGCACCUCCAGCACCCCAGCUCCCCUGGCCUGUGUUCUUUUCCCCAGUGGCUGGGGUAAUUCUCCUGAUUCUAAGUGGGCUCCUGGUCCUCCAACUUAUCCGGAGAAGGCGCAGGGAACAUGGGGCUCUCUGGCUGCCCCCUGGUUUCUCUAGUCGGACUCGGCCUCGAACUAGGCCUGCCCCUCGUGGACGCCGGCCACCUCUGGGAGAAGAUAGCAUUGGACUAAAGCCACUGAAACCAGAGACUGAGGCUGAUGAGGAUGGGGUUGUGAUUUGCUCAGGCCAUGAAGAGGGAGAGGAGAUGUAUCAGGCAGAGGAAAGGGCCCCAUCCCCCAAGAGCCAACUCUGGCCUCUGAGUGGAAGAGGACAAGAGAGUCUCCAGAUGGCUAUGCUGACCCCUCCCCAGGAGCCUGAGAAUGAAGCCCCUGAUGUAGAUGCCCGUGGACCUGAUGGGGUAACCCCACUGAUGUCAGCUGUGUGCUGUGGGGGAUCAGAGCCUAGAAUACAGGAGGGGCUGUGUCCAGGGCCAAAGGGAACAGAGCCCUGGGAGCCCCUCCUGGGUGGUGGGGCAAGCCCCCAAGCCCAUACUGUGGGAUCAGGGGAGACCCCACUACACCUAGCAGCCCGAUUCUCCAGACUACCUGCUGCCCGACGCCUCAUUGAGGCUGGUGCCAACCCCAAUGAGCCAGAUCGAAUGGGGCGUACCCCCCUUCACACAGCUGUGGCUGCUGAUGCCCGAGAAGUUUGCCAGCUCCUGCUUAGGAACAGACAAACUUCAGUAGAUGCAAGGACAGAAGAUGGGACAACGCCCCUCAUGCUGGCUGCCCGACUAGCUGUGGAGGACCUAGUAGAAGAGCUGAUUGCUGCCCAGGCUGAUGUAGGAGCCAGAGAUAAAUGGGGAAAGACAGCCCUACACUGGGCCGCCGCCGUGAACAAUGCUCGUGCCGCCAGCGCCCUUCUCCAGGCCGGAGCGGACAAGGACGCCCAGGACAGCAGGGAGCAAACGCCGCUCUUCCUGACUGCCCGGGAAGGGGCGGUAGAAGUGGCCCGCUUGCUACUGCAGGCGGGGGCGGCCCGAGGACUGCGGGACCAGACGGGGCUCGGACCCCCAGACAUUGCUCGUCAGCGCGGACACUGGGACCUACUGACGCUCCUAGAAGGGGAAGGGCUUCCGGAGUCCCGGCCCUCUCUGCGUCACAAAGCCUCCUUAGGUUCGGCGGGUGGAGCCAAAAGCAGCAAAGGAGCCUUCCCGCGCACUAAGACCUUACCUAAAGGCGGGGCUUUUCCUCGAGGCCGGACGACGUCAGGAGGAAGCACGCACGGGGGUGGGGCUUACUCCGGCCGAACAAUGUCAAUGGAUAUGGCCCCACAUGGGGGUGCAGCCUUCCCCCGUAGCCCGAGCGUCUCAGGAGGUGGAGCCCCGCCCCUUCGCAUUCUCAGGUCCCCAGCAAGCAUGCGCGGAGCACUACACGACCCUGGGUUACUUUUGGAUCGAUCCCGGGGACACACAGGCGGCUGGCCUUCUGAUUGGGUGGCUUUGGGAGCCUGUGGCCCCACCCCCAGGACUCCAGUCCCGCCCCUUUGCCUUACUCCUUGCCUGGAGGAACCUUCCCCCCAAACUGCCUGUGUACCCAAUUCCUCGGAGUGAUGCCCCUGCAUCGAGAAAGUACUGAGGAUAAGGUUGCUGGCUGAAAGGGAAGGCUAUUCCCACAAGUUAAAGCUCCUCGCAAUAUGGGGACCCUCAAAUCAAGGUACCCUAAAACUAGGGAAACAGCUGCUCAAGUAGCAGAGUUUGGGAAUCCCCCAGAUUCUAGGAUGAAGAGACUCAAGUGCAGGAAGAUUCUCCCCCACAAUGAAAAUAGAAUAAGUCUGUUCCUCAUAUCAGUUUUUGCCCCCUUGAAUGAGCCAAAGCUUUCCCUAACAGGAGAGAGGACCUCAGCUUUCACUCUCCUGUACUGGGAUGAAAACAGCAUCAGCUUAUAGAAAUGGAAAUUAUUUUACCUCCACCCUCCAAGAAAGAUUAUAAGACUGAGGAGAAGGAACAUAAAGGUGAAAGACAGAGCAAGCAAAUCAAAAUGCGGAGAUGCAGGGAGAAUCCAAAAACUGAAAUGAAGGUUGCCUCAAGAGAAGGGGAAAAAGAAUAUGAAUGUCCCUUGGGGGACCUGCUGCUAGAGCCCCAGUUCAAAACCAAUGACUCCUUGUGUUUCUCUUCCCCCUCUAGAUGAGAUCACUUAAGGAUGAAGCACCCUACUCCUCCAACCUUUUCCCCAUUAUCCCUGAUGUACUAGAUUCUAUUAUCUAAUAAAGUUUACUUUCUCCUGUU